GGUGGGCGCCCAGGGCAGGGCAGGUGGCCGCGGUGUGAAGGCAGGGAGAAUGCGACUCUCCAAAACCCUCGUCGACAUGGACAUGGCCGACUACAGUGCUGCACUGGACCCAGCCUACACCACCCUGGAAUUUGAGAAUGUGCAGGUGUUGACGAUGGGCAACGACACAUCCCCGUCAGAAGGCACCAACCUCAACGCGCCCAACAGCCUGGGUGUCAGCGCCCUGUGUGCCAUCUGCGGGGACCGGGCCACGGGCAAACACUACGGCGCCUCGAGCUGUGACGGCUGCAAGGGCUUCUUCCGGAGGAGUGUGCGGAAGAACCACAUGUACUCCUGCAGAUUUAGCCGGCAGUGCGUGGUGGACAAAGACAAGAGGAACCAGUGCCGCUACUGCAGGCUCAAGAAAUGCUUCCGGGCUGGCAUGAAGAAGGAAGCCGUCCAAAAUGAGCGGGACCGGAUCAGCACUCGAAGGUCAAGUUAUGAGGACAGCAGCCUGCCCUCCAUCAAUGCGCUCCUGCAGGCAGAGGUCCUGUCCCGACAGAUCACCUCCCCCGUCUCCGGGAUCAAUGGCGACAUUCGGGCGAAGAAGAUCGCCAGCAUCGCAGACGUAUGUGAGUCCAUGAAGGAGCAGCUGCUGGUUCUCGUCGAGUGGGCCAAGUACAUCCCGGCUUUCUGCGAGCUCCCCCUGGACGACCAGGUGGCCCUGCUCAGAGCCCAUGCUGGCGAGCACCUGCUGCUCGGAGCCACCAAGCGAUCCAUGGUGUUCAAGGACGUGCUGCUCCUAGGCAAUGACUACAUUGUCCCUCGGCACUGCCCGGAGCUGGCGGAGAUGAGCCGGGUGUCCAUGCGUAUCCUUGACGAGCUGGUGCUGCCCUUCCAGGAGCUGCAGAUCGAUGACAAUGAGUAUGCCUACCUCAAAGCCAUCAUCUUCUUUGACCCAGAUGCCAAAGGGCUGAGCGAUCCAGGGAAGAUCAAGCGGCUGCGUUCCCAGGUGCAGGUGAGCUUGGAAGACUACAUCAACGACCGCCAGUAUGACUCGCGCGGCCGCUUUGGAGAGCUGCUGCUGCUGCUGCCUACCCUGCAGAGCAUCACCUGGCAGAUGAUCGAGCAGAUCCAGUUCAUCAAGCUCUUCGGCAUGGCCAAGAUCGACAACCUGCUGCAGGAGAUGCUGCUGGGAGGGUCCUCCAGCGAUGCACCCCAUGCCCACCACCCCCUGCACCCUCACCUGAUGCAGGAACACAUGGGAACCAAUGUCAUCGUUGCCAACACAAUGCCCACUCACCUCAGCAAUGGACAGAUGUGUGAGUGGCCCCGACCCAGGGGGCAGGCAGCCACCCCUGAGACCCCACAGCCCUCACCGCCAGGUGGCUCAGGGUCUGAGCCCUACAAGCUCCUGCCAGGAGCCGUCGCCACAAUCGUCAAGCCCCUCUCUGCCAUCCCCCAGCCGACCAUCACCAAGCAGGAAGUUAUCUAGCAAGCCGCUGGGGCUUGGGGGCUCCGCUGGCUCCCCCCAGCCCCCUCAGAGAACGCCUGGUGAUCACGUGGUCACGGCAAAGGAAGACGUGACGCCAGGACCAGUCCCAGAGCAGGAAUGGGAAGGAUAAAGGGCCCGAGAACAUGACCUAAGGGCCACAUCCCACUGCCACCCUUGACACCCUGCUCUGGAUAACGAGACUUUGACUUGGGAAGACGCCACUGGAAAGUCCUCUACUGCCUUGGACAACUUUUCUCAUGUUGAAGCCACUGCCUUCACCUUCACCUUCAUCCAUUCGCUCCUCCUUCUGCUGCUGCCCCCACCUCAAACGCCCGUUUCCCUGUGCUGUCGCCUUGCUCAGCCAUCCCAUCUUCUCCAACACCACCUCUCCAGAGGCCAAGGAGGCCUUGAAAACGAUUCCCCCAGUCAUUCUGGGAGCAUGUUGUAAGCACUGACUGGGGCCAGGCAGGGUCUAGAAGGCUGUGGUGAGGGAAGACCCCUUUCUCCUCCAGCCCCACCGCACCCUCCUUCUUCAGGGACUUGGGUGGGUAUUUGGGGUGAGGAUCUCUGCAGACCUUCAACCCGAGAAAACAAGCCCAGGUUGGCAACUGCAACAGGAACUUGGAGUGGAGAGGAAAAGCAUCAGAAGGAGGCAGACCAUCCACUAGGCCUUUGAGAAAGGGUAGACUUCUGGCUGGUAAAGCAGGUGAGACAGGACAUUCCAAAGAACAGCCUGAGCCAAGGCCUUGUGAUAGGAAGAAUCUAGCAAGAAUUAAGGAAGAAUGGUGUGGGAGAGGGAUGACGAAGAGAGAGAAGGCCUGCUGGAGAGCAUAGGGUCUGGAAUACCAGGCUGAGGUCCUGAUCAGCGGCAAGGGGUAUGCAGGGAGCUGGGCUUCCAGAAAAUGAACACAGCAGUUCUGUAGAGGAUGGGAGGCUGGGAGCUGGGAGGUCAGGUGGGGUGGAUGAUGUAAUGUAAAAGAGUAAUGAGGCUUGGGGCUGGAGAGGACAAGAUGGGUAAACUCUCACAUCAGAGUGACAUCCAGGAGGAAUAAUCUCCCAGGGCCUGUCUCAAGCUCUUCCUUACUCCCAGGCACUGUCUUAAGGCGUCUGAUAUGCAUCAUCUCAUUUAAUCCUCCCUUCCUCCCUAUUAACCUAGAGAUUGUUUUUGUUUUUUUAUUCUCCUCCUCCCUCCCCACACUUACCCGCCCCUCCUAACCUAGAGAUUGUUACAGAAGAUGAAAUUGCGUUCUAAGAGGUGUAGUGAUUUUUUUUUCUGAAACUCACACAACUAGGAAGUGGCUGAGUCAGGACUUGAACCCAGGUCUCCCUGGAUCAGAACAGGAACUCUUAACGAGAGUGGCUGAAUAACUUCUCCAAAGGCUGCCUUUGUUCUCACUGUGAUCAAGUUGGGGGGCUUCUGGCUCCCUUCCCCAGCCUCAGAAACCGGACUCGUUCUUCUGGGAACUCCGCCCACUCCCAGGACCAAGACUGGCCUGAGGCUGCACUAAAAUUCACUUAGGGUCGAGUAUCCUGUUUGCUGAUAAAUAUGUAGGAGAA